AUGCCACCCAAGAAGGUCAACAACAACACCAAAGCCGCCGCCGCCGCCAAGUCAACGCAGUCUAAGGUUAGUUUAUUUUCUUUCGGGGUUAGGAAAAAUUAAAACAUGUCUUUGAACUUUUGUUGAAUGAUUUCGAAAUCAAAUUUGUUGUUUGAGAAACUUUAAAUGAAAGAAAAAAUCUGAAAUUUUUGAGAAAAAGUCAUUCAGUUUUAUACGAAAAUUCAAAUGUUUUUGCGCAAAAACCAGUGAAAAUAUGUUUGAAUUCGAAUGCGUUUGACAAACUUUUAUUGACAUGUUUAGAAAAUUGGCGGGAAACUUAGAAAUUUUGAAUUCUCUGAACAAUGUUGAUUUUCGAAACAUUUCGAAAUGUUUCGAAAAUCACUUUUUGGGAGAUGUUAGGCUGUGUCUAGUGAGAUUUGACUCUAAAACGCAUUUUAGUGUUUAGAAAUGUCAUUCCAAGCUCUUUUAAUGAGUCUAAAAGACAAAUAAAGACUUUAAAUUCAAGUUGUUGAUUUUCGAAAUGUUUCGAAACUUUUUCGAAAUGUUUCGAAAAUCAACAAUUCUAUUUUUUGAGAGAUGUGAGACUGGAUUUGUCUUUAAAACGCAUUUCAGUGUUUAGAAAUGUAAUUUCAAGAUCUUUCAAUGCGUUUAAAAAACAAAUCAAGCCUCACAUCUCCUAAAAAAUGAAAUUAGUGGUUUUCGAAAUGUGUUUUUAAUUUUUUGAAACGUGUUUUUAUUCCGUGAAUCAGCACAAAAACUGCUUCAGAAAUUUGAAAAAUCUAAGUUUCCCGCCAAUUUUCAACACAUCAUCAAAUAAUUUCAUAUUCAAAUUUUUUGACUCCAAAAACUCCGAAUUACAUACUGAAUUUUAUGUUAUAAUUUUGGCGUCAUAAAUUGUUAAUUUGAAAUUUUUGAUGACGUGUCAAAAAAAAUUCUGGUUGAUUAUUGUUGUCUGAUUUUUUCUGCUGAUUUUUUGUCUGAAUUUUCAUUUUAUUUUUCGGCUGAUUUUUUAUCAUCUAUUCUGUUAUAUUCUGAAAAUUUGAUCUUAAAAAUUUCUAUUAAAAAAAUUUCAAAUUUCCAACAUUUUUUGGCUUUCAAGAAAAAACUUCUAACUAUAAUUUUGAUGGAUUUUGAUUUGAUUUAAAAUUUUUAGAAAACUUUUCGGAAAAAACCUCAAAAAAUUUCUGGUUGAUUGUUGUUAUCUGAUUUUUUCUGCUUUUUUUUUGUCUGAAUUCUUAUUUUUUUUUCGUCUGAAUUUUUAUCAUCUAUUUUGUUAUAUUCUGAAAAAUUGAUCUUAAAAAUUUUUAUUUAAAAAAUUUCAAAUUUCGAACAUUUUUGGCUUCUAAGAAAAAAAAACUUUUCAAAAAAAAUCUAACCAUAAAUUAUGGUCCAUAAUUUUGAUGAAUUCCAAUUUCUUCUAUUUUGAAUCUUUAGAAAACUUUUCGAAAAAAACCUAAUUCGUCAAUUAAUGCAUAAAAAUUGCUUUACAUAGAAGUUUGAAAAAUCUAAGUUUCCCGCCAAUUUGAACAUGUCAUCCAACAAUUUCAUAUUCAAUUUUUUUUGGCUCCAAAAACCCCUAGCUAAAAAAUGAAUUUUAUGCUAUAAUUUUGGUGUCAUAAAUUGUGAAUUUGAAAUUUUUGAUGGCGUGUCAAAAAAAUUUCUGCUUGAUUAUUGUUGUCUGAUUUUUUCUGCUGAUUUUUUGUCUGAAUUUUUAUUUUAUUUUUUGUCUGAAUUUUCAUUUUAUUUUUCGGCUGAAUUUUUAUCAUCUAUUUUCUUAUAUUCUGAAAAUUUGAUCUUAAAAACUUUCACUUAAAACAUUUCAAAUUUCGAACAUUUUUGGCUUUCAAGAAAAAACUUCUAACCAUAAUUUUGAUGAAUUUUAUUAUUAUUUGAAAUUUUUAGAAAACUUUUCGAAAAAAAACCUUCUAAAACCUAUUUGAAUUACUUUUUUAGAAAAAAACCUCAAAAAGUUGUUUGAUUUUUUCUGCUGAUUUUUUUGUCUGAAUUUCAUUUUAUUUCUCGUCUGAAUUUUUAUCAUCUAUUUUGUUGUUUUCUGAAAAUUUCAUCUUAAAGACACGUAGAAAACUAGAAAUCGUUCAAAAAUCAAUAUUUGCAUGUUUUUUAUCAUCUUCCCAAUAGUGGAAGUACAUAAACAAAAUUGAAAAAUAUUGAGUUUAGCGAAAGUCAAAAAAAGAAAUUGCCUUUUUUGAAAUCGCUCAGCCGACGCGAAAUUUGGUGUUUGCACAAAUGUUCGUGAUUUGCCGCACAUGUGUGCAUUCUUAGCAUACCGUACCACCACUUUUUAUUCGUUUUUUUCUUUUUUCAAUCGAACAACACACAACUUUGAAAAAAGGCGCGCGUUCAAAUUUUGAAGAUUACGAACACACAUUUCUAGUUUUCUAUGUGUCUUUAAAAAUUAUUUAUUUUUGAAAAAAACUUCUAAAAUCUAUUCUUAAUUUUUUUUUGUUGAAUUUUUGUCUGAUUUAUUUGUUGAUUUCUUUUCAUUUUAUUUUUCUGGAGUUACAGUUUUCAAUUUUUCUUUUUUUGUUACAUUUCACUAGGACCUAUAGAUUUUUUCCAAGAUUCUAGAAACCUCCUUUUCAAGAUAUUUUGCGAGCUUGAGAAAAUACUUUAGACUUUCUAUAUGUUUCCUUUUGUCUUUAGAAUUUUCCCGAUUUGUUGAAAAUACCCUAGAUCUUGUAGAUUUCUUCAUUGACUUGUUGAUACUCUGGUGAACUUCUAGAAACCUCCCAUAGUCUUUAGACUUUGCACGAGCUUUUAGAAACCCUGAAUCUUAUAGGUUUCUUCGGUUAUUUAUAGAAACUUUUUGGGCUCCUGGGAAUAUCCCAAAGUCUUCGGAAUCCCCCCAAUCUUCUAGACAUAGCUCAGAUUUUGUUGAAUUAUUUCUGACUUAUAUAAUUUUAUGUGGAUUCUAUCGCCACAAGCUCAUAGAAAAAUCUCAGUUCUUGUUGAAUUGUUCUCUAAUUGUGAUUUAAAGAAACUUUAAUGAGCUUCUAGGAGACUCAUGAAGUCUUCAGAAUCUACCCGAGCUUCUAGAAAAACUUUAAUAUUCCCUGACUUAUAGAAACAUUUUUGAGUUUCUAGGAACAUCUGUAAGCCUUGAGAAUUUUCGUACGCUGUCAUAAAUAUCCAAGACUGUGUAGAACUCUCCUCUGAGCUUUUAGGAAUCACUCAAAACCUUCAGAAUCUGCGCGAUCUUUUGGAGAGCUUAGAACUUGUAGAUUUUUUUCAUCUUGCAGACACUUUGAUGGCCGGCCAUCAUGGCCCUAAAGAAAUAUCCUAGAGCCUUCAGAAUCCGCCCAAUCUUCUAGAAAUAAUCAAAAUGUUGUUGAACUUUGGUAAUUUCCCAAAACUUUCAAAAUCUGUGCAAGCUUUCAGAAAAACCUCAGUUCAUAAUGAUUUCUUCCCUGAUUCGUAGAAAAUUUUUCGAAAUUUCAAAAAUUUCGCCGUCAGAAUCCACAACCUUCUAGAAUUACCUUAGUUCUUGUUGAAUUCUUUUUUCGACCUAUAGGAACGUUUUAAGGCUUUUAGGAAUAUCCAAAAAGUCGUCAGAAUCUGUUCGAGUUUGAAUAAAUAUCCCGAACCAUGUAGAUUUCUUCUCUGGUCAAUAGGAACUUUUAUGAGCUUCUUUCUAGAAAUCUCCCAGAUUUUUCUGAAUUUUCCCAAGCUUCACGACAAAACUCAGCCUAUGUUGAUCUCUUCUCUAAUUUAUAGAAACUUUUUCGAGCUUCUAGGCAUACCACGCCCAGGGUGAGGCAUAUGCACGGCGCCAAUAAAAAUUUACUGGAAUUCACCUCGCCAAUUCGAGAUUUUCUUGAGAAAUAGCAAAUUUUUGCUUAUUUUUCCGUUAAAUAGUGGUCUAGGGACUUCUUCAGAAUCUGUCUUCACUGGCUUAUAGAAACUUUAAUGAUCUUCUAGCAGACUCAUAAAGUCUUCAGAAUCUACGCGAAUUUGUAUAAAUAUCCGAGACUUUGUAGAUUUUUUCUCUUACCAAUAGGAACUUAUACGAGUUUCUAGGAAUCUCCGAGAGCAUUUACAUAGAAUCUGCCCAAGUUUAUAGAAUCUUUUUUUCUGGCUUUUAAAGAAUUCAGAGUUUGUGCAAGCUUAUAGAAAUGUCCCAAACCUGUAUAUUUCUUCUCUGACUCAUAGAAACUUUGAUGAAAUUCAAAAAAUCACCCAUAUACUUUUGGAUGUGCACAAGCUUUCAGAAAUAUCCUUGAUCUUAGUGGAUUUCUUCUCUGACUUAUAGAAACUUGUUGAAGCUUCUAGGAAUCUCUGAGAGCCUUGAGAAUUUGCCUGAUGUAUCAUAAAUAUCCCAGACUGUGUUGAAUACUCCUUUGAGCCUCAUGAAAAUUCCAGUCUUCAUAAUUCGCACGAUCUUUUAGAAAUCGUCUAGAUUUUGUUGAUGUUCUUUCUGGCUCAUAGAAACUUUUUUGGGCUUCUAGAAACCUCCCAAAACCUUCAGAAUUUGCACGAUCUUCUAGAAAAAUCUAAGCUUUUGUUGAUUUAUAAAAAUUUAUUUGAGCUUUUAAAAUUUUCCCAAAACCUUCAGAAUUUUCGCGAGCUUUUAGGAAUAGCCUGAACCUUAUGGAUUUCUUCUCUGACUUAUAGAACCUUUUUUGGGCUUCUAGAACUCUUCUAGAAUCUUUUGAACUUCCACGAUCUUUUAGAAAUUGUCAAGAUCUUGUAAAUUUCUUCUCCGACUUAUAGGAACUUUUAUGAGCUUCUAGAAGCUUCAGAAUCUGCCCAAGUUUCUAGAAAAAUCUCAGCUCUUGUUGAUUUAUAGGAGUUUAUUUGAGCUUCUAAAAUUCUCCCAAAACCUUCAGAAUAUGCACAAUCUUUUAGAAAUAGUCUAGAUCUUGUAGACUUUCUCUCUGAUUUAUCAAAACUUUUUCGUUUUUCGAGAACUCUUCUAGAACCUUCAGAAGUUGCACGAGCUAUUAGAAAAACCUCAGCUUUUGUUGAUUUCUUUUCUGAUUCAUAAAAAAUUUUGGAGCUUCUAGAAACCACGAGCUAUUAGAAAAACUCUAGACUUUGUUGAAUGUGUUCUGAAUAUGAGUUCCUAUAAGUCCCCCAGAGCUCCCAAAAAACUGUAAUUCUAGAAUAAAUAAAAAUCAACAAGAAUUUCAAGAAAAUGAAAAUUUGGAGGGAUUUCAAAUCAAAAAAAAAACUAAAAAGCUGUCAGAAAAAAAAGACAUUUGAUUGAAUUUCAUUAUUUUUCAGGGACGCGGUCGCCCUCGUCGCUCGGCUUCUCAACCGGUUCCUCCUCCUCAACAACAACAACCUGCUUCUCGAAAUCGCGCACAAUCGAACACAUCAAGAAGAGAGCCAUCACCAUCGCCAUCACCAAAUCCUGCGCCAGUUGUUACUAAACGAAUCACGAGAAGCAUGACAAAGGAUGCGAGAGACGCGGAAGCGGCGGAGCGACAGCGACUUGGGAAGAAGCGCUAUUCAGUUGGCAAAACUUUCUUGCCACCCACUGUUAGUUUAUUUUCUUUUUUCCUGUAGCAAGCCUAGAAAACUUCAAAUCUCGUGGGAAAAAUUCAUAGUUCAUGUACAUAUUUCAGCCACCAAAAUGCACAAGACAAAUCGCCGAACGAUUGUCCGGAAUAUUCAGAAAGUCUAAGGACUCGAAAAAUUCGAAAGCAUCGAAAAACCCGGCGAAAAAUGUUCCAAAGCCGCCUGCAACUCGACCAGCACCAAGAAGAUCUGCCUCGCGAACUCGUCAAAAUCCGGAUGUUGGAAAUCGAGCGGAAGUUGUCCAAGAAGCUGCAAACCAAAGAAGCUCGGAAGAAGAAGAAGAUCAGGAUCAAGAGUAUACUCAUCAAGAAGGCUCGCGAAGAUCUUCCACUCAACAUCGCCGUCAAACUGAUUCGAGACGCUCGUCGACAAGUUCAAGAAGAUCUUCCACCAGCUCUUCUCACGGUGAAUCUUCAACUGGAUCUUCUGGCGCCCAAACUUCAACUGGAUCUUCUGGCGGCCCAUCGUCAGAUGACGAUGACGAGUAUCGGCACAGUGAUCGAAGAUCACGAACACCAUCUCCAGACAAUCGCCGCCAAAACUCGUAUCGUUCAAGAUCUCAUGCACCAGCUUCGUCUCGUCCAGCUGAAAAUCGACAACCUCGAACACCAGUCCGCCGCCACCAUUCAGUUGCUCAACUCAAUCAUCCAAGAGUAUGUUUUUUUUGGGGCUGGGGCUCGAAAAACCCUCUCUCUUCUUGUGAUUUUCCUCAAUCAAUUCAUUUUUUCCAGGCACCUUAUCUUUACAUCACGAAUCCAAGGGAAUUCGAGAAUGAUUGUCAACUCGACGAGCAUUUUCGUCGCUUUGGCAAUUUGCGAAUCGAAUCAACACAACAAUCGGUUAGUUUCAAAUCCUCUCAUUGAAUUUGCAAUUAUUUCAAUUUCGCCAUUUUCAGGGAUCAUCGUCGAGAAGAAGACGUCAACAACAAGAAGCCAGGACACAAUCCGAAUCGGAAUCAGGAGAAUCUUCGGAUGCCAAUCGCCCAUCAACAUCAACCAAUGUUCGCCGCGGAAACCGUCGCCACUGA